GCUAUCUGACUUAUUCUCAUCUCAUUAGUUAGUUGAGAUCUGCAUUUCUCUCUUCUUCCCAACCACCCUUCCUCAUAAAAAUCCUCACCUAAAAACCCUAGACUUCUAAUCACACUACCAUCAACCUUGUUCUUCCACACCAAUGGAGAAUUCAUCACAAGAAUCUCACCUGAGAUCCGAAAGCUCCGUAACCUAUGAAUCUCCUCACCCACUAUACGCCAUGGCCGUCUCCGCCUCCACACGUUCCGCCCACAGCCACCGCAUCGCCGUCGGCAGUUUCAUAGAAGAAUACAACAAUCGAGUCGAUAUCAUAACCUUCGAUGACGAAAACCUAACUUUCAAAUCUCAACCAUCUCUCUCAUUCGACCAUCCUUAUCCUCCAACUAAACUCAUGUUCCAUCCAAAUCCUGCAUCCUCCCUUCGCAAAUCCUCCGACUUACUCGCUUCUUCCGGUGAUUAUCUCCGUCUAUGGGACGUCCGUGAGACUUCAAUUGAACUAGUCUCACUUUUCAACAACAGUAAAACAAGUGAAUUCUGCGCACCGAUUACUUCCUUCGAUUGGAACGAGCUUGAGCCAAGGAGAAUUGGUACGUCCAGCAUUGAUACGACUUGUACCAUUUGGGAUGUGGAGAGAGGAGUUGUGGAAACGCAGCUUAUUGCCCACGAUAAGGAAGUAUACGACAUUGCUUGGGUUGGUGCAGGAGUUUUCGCAUCUGUAUCGGCCGAUGGAUCGGUGAGGAUAUUUGAUUUGAGAGAUAAGGAACACUCGACGAUAAUCUACGAGAGUCCUCAACCAGAUACUCCGCUUCUUAGGUUAGCUUGGAAUAAGGAGGAUUUGACUUACAUGGCGACUAUUUUGAUGGACAGUAAUAAGGUUGUGAUAUUGGAUAUACGUUCACCUACAAUGCCUGUGGCGGAGCUUGAGAGGCAUAAGGCGAGUGUGAACGCUAUAGCUUGGGCGCCCCAGAGUAGUAAGCAUAUUUGUUCGGCUGGAGAUGAUACUCAGGCUUUGAUUUGGGAAUUGCCAACUGUUGCUGGUCCAAAUGGGAUUGAUCCGAUGUCUAUGUAUUCUGCUGGUUCCGAGAUUAAUCAGCUACAAUGGUCUUCUGCAUUGCCUGAAUGGAUUGCCAUUGGAUUCUCUAACAAAAUGCAGCUUCUCAAGGUUUGAUAAUAUUUUGCUUGGUUGGGGGAAGGAGAUGAACAUUCUUCUCCAUUUGUGUAUGAUAGUGAAAGAAAACAUCCAUUCAUAUCUGUUUGUUUAAUGAUUUGCAAGAUCUAUUGUUCUUAAUGAAUAAUCCACCUACCCCUAAUCUAAGUAAUUGAUUAU